UGGUGGGAGUUUGGGCUCUAAAAGGGAAACGAUAGAAACUGCGGUUGGGAGAGGAAGAAUGAAAGGUUCUGCUUUUAGUACCAUCAGUACAACUUAAUACUUCAGAGGUCAAAGCAGGAGACAGACAAAUCCAAGUGUGAACACUUGAGGUGAAGUGGAUUCUAAGAAGGCUCUGAGGUGGAUUGAUGUAAAGCGACUGAGAUCCUGGGCAACUGAGACACCGCAAAAAGAGAAGGAGGUAGAGGAGGACAAGAGAUGGCUGAAGCAGCAAAGAUUGAACUAUUUGUCAAGGCAAGCGACGAUGGUGAAAGUGUUGGUAACUGCCCGUUUUGUCAGCGGCUCUUCAUGAUACUCUGGCUGAAGGGGGUCAACUUCACUCUCACCACAGUGGACAUGAAGAGAGCUCCAGAGGUACUGAAGGACUUGGCUCCAGGUUCUCAGCCCCCUUUCCUCAUCUAUAAUGAAGAGGUCCGUACCGACACCAACAAAAUUGAAGAGUUUCUGGAAGAGACCCUUGCUCCCCCACAGUAUUCCAAGUUAUGCUGCCGCUAUAAGGAGUCGAACACGGCAGGAGAUGACAUCUUUCACAAAUUCUCAGCAUACAUCAAAAAUCCCAAUCCUGGGCUCAAUGACAUGCUGGAGAAGAAAUUUCUAAAGAGUUUGAUGAAGUUGGAUCAAUACCUGUUGACUCCUCUUCCUCAUGAACUGGACCAGAAUCCAGAUUCAUCCCAAUCCACAAGACAUUACCUGGAUGGAAAUGCGCUCUCUCUUGCUGACUGCAACCUGCUUCCAAAACUGCACAUUGUCAAGGUGGUGUGCAAGAAGUACCGUGGUUUUGAGAUCCCUGCAGAGCUAAAAGGCCUCACAAAGUACUUGGACAAAGCAUACAAGGAGGAUGUGUUCCACCUCACCUGCCCCAAAGACAAGGAGAUUCUGCAUGCCUACCAUUCAGUGGCCAAAUAUCUCAACAAGUAAAACUGGACUUCAAAGGAGGAGGAGGACAAAGAUUGCGUGGAAUUUAUUGUAAAGUUUUUUUUGUGUGUGUCUGUGUACCCCAAAACUGCCUUAUUAUAAAUGUUUUCUUAAUGGGAAUUUUGAUUAACCGAGUAUAUUAUGGGUGGAGGUUGUUUUCGUUCAUCAUUUAAAAACCACAAUUGUGAAUACCAGAUGCCUGCCUUGUUUGUUCCUGCCAUUUUUAGUAUUUAAAUGUGUGUCACUUUCGUCUGUGGUUUUGAUGGAUUAUUUUUGUUUGAAAGCCACUCAUUUAGAAACGUCUGUGAAUGUUGUUUUUAACGGCUGUGUGAAAUGAGACAUGCAAUCGGUCUGAAAUUCUACCCCUUGAGAAAAAAAGAAGACAAAGCACUAGACUAGACAACUCGUACAAUGAUGUUAUUGAUGUCAAAGGACACUCUUGAAACGUCCAGAAUGUAUAAAACGACUUGCAAACAAAUAAAAUUCUUAUGGAAGUAAAAUGCUCUAUUUUAUUGCAUUUGGUCAAGCUAAGAGAACUUAGAGAAACACAAAUGUACACUGAAUUGUCUCAACACUUUUCUUACAGUCAACAGCACAAAACAUGUCGGCUGUUACAGUACAUAAUAAGUACUUAAUAUUAUUAGGAAAGUUCCACAUGCAUGG